CAUACAGGGUAAAGCACGGGUAAUAUUCAAUCAGUUUGACUAAACUAGUAGUCCAUUUAUAUUAUCAUUGGCAUUCUAAAUGUUUGGCAUCAACAAAGUAAACCUAAAGAAAUUUUAUUAUUAAUUAUUUCUACAAGGACUGUUAACCUACUUAAGAGUUCGGGAUUUACCGAUUAUCUAAUUUCUUGGCAUAAUCCUUGGCACAACUAUUUUUAGUACUAAAGACUGUUACGAAAACUUAGUUAAUGGAGAGACACAUCUAUCUGUGCUGACAUCGGAGUAAAUAAGAAGGAGUUAAGUUUAAGUUCUGAGAUGCUGACUUCUGAAGGUCAUUACUGUUUGAAAGCGAUACCACGUGACUUCCAACUUUGCUCGCCCAGCAUAUGUUUUUUUAAUUUUCAUCAGACAAGGAAGUGAAAGGUCCACUCUGGUCAGGGUAUUUACGUGUCUCUAACAAGCGCCUUGUCUGGCGCACAUUCCAGACUCCCACAGGUGUGAGUACCAGUGACACGACAACUCAUGUCACAACAGGAUGGACAACUCCUCACGGAACCCACAUGGCGUUCAUCAGGACAACUCCAUGCUCACAGAAGGCACGGUGCUGCUGAAGUCAGCUGCUGAAGCUGGCAACUGGAAUCUGGUCAAAGAUGUCAUUAUUAAUGGUGAUGUCACUGCACUGAGGUCAGACAGUCCUGUCUCUUACAGAAACUGGCGUCUGCUACUGGGAUUAGCCAGCAGCUUGUCAGAGAAAUACUGAACAUUUUGUUUUCAAAGCAAUCCACUGACGACACUCUGAAACACUUCGCACAAGAAGCUGUUGUUAGAGCGGCUCACUGUGACAAGUGGGAAACCCUGAUCUCUUUCCUAUCGGCAUCUGACACUUUACUUGAAGAUGAAAGCAGCCUGCUGUCGGUUACAGAAUUAAUGGCAUCUAGCGACUCUCUGAAGAAAAGCCGUUACCUGCAAAUAGAUGUUUUAGAUUGUGUUUGGAAACAUGCAAAGCAGAAGAUUCUGGACAGCACAGACAAGAGAGUACAGAACACCCUGGUGCAGUUGGCAGCGGAACUCAACAUGUGGUCACGUGUCUGUGAACUUCUCGUCGCCAAGCCGGACCUGAACCUUCUUGACAGUGAUGGUCUGUCAGUCUUACACAGACUUGUCAUGUGUCCUGACAACAGGUUCGACUCUCUUCUGCCGGUUCUUCUGAAUAACGGUGCUGACGCCAGCUUCAAGAAUUCGGAGGGAGACACAGCACUGCACCUGGCUGCUAAUUACCAGAAAAUUGUAAAAAUAGGGAAGUCGUUACAAUUAAGGGAAUGCAAUGUCGGAGAUCAGUGUACGGAUUUUCAGUCGAAGAUUAUGGCAGAAUAUCAUUUAAAAUGUUGUGAAUCGAAAAAACAAGCAUUGGUGAAACUUAUGGAAUCGUGUCCAGACCUUAACAAUCUUGAUAGUCUGGGGAACACGGCCGUGAUUUUGGCUGCGAAGAACGAAAACUGGGAGUUUCUGGAACUGUUGAUCGAGCAUGGCGCCAACACAGACCUCGUCAAUGAUAACUUGCAAUCCGUUCUGCAUGUACUUGCUCUCACUGAGGGCCAGGCGGAUCCUGUACUGGUUACGAAGGUUGUGGAGCAGUGUCAGUGUCAGGUUGAUGACACAGACUGUAGCGGAAGUUCACCUCUUCACCUGGCUGCUUAUUCUCAGAACUGGACUGUAUUCAAAGUGCUGCUCGACUUCGGAGCAGACCCUGGGAGGCGAGACGGAUCAGGAUACACGGUCUUGCACACAUUGGCUGGCACUGGGAAGGACCAGGUGCAACACGUCACUUCCUUAUUUACCUUUCUGACUCAGCAAGGUGUUGAUCUAAACAUUCCAUGUCCAGCAGAUAACACCGUCUUGCACAUCGCUGCAAUACAAAAGAACUGGACAUUAGUCAAAGACCUAAUACAUUUAGGUGUCGAUGUACAGCACUGCAAUACACAAGGCUUCAGCAUUAUGCAUCUUCUUGCCUUUUCUAAUCUUCAUUCAGAGGAUGAUGAGUCACGUGAUAAGGAUCUUGAUACGUUUGUAUCUCUUCUUGUUCUCUUCCUCCACAAAAGAGCAGAUACAACGUUCUCUACAGGCGACACGAUUUUAAAGGUAGCAGCCAGGCAUGAAAACUGGGCGAUGGUCAACUACUUGAUAGAGCUAGGAGCCGACAUCAAGGAGUUAGAAGAGGAGUGUAUUAGUGUCAUUGAGAGGCUCAUUCAAUCUCCAGCAGAGACACAGAGUAUAUUGAAUAUUUUUAGUCUUCUGAUGACACACGUGGCAAAAAAUACGCGGUUUUCAUGUGGAGACUCAAUAUUGCAACUGUCCGCAAAGCAUGAGAAAUGGAGCUUCGUUGAUUACAUCCUGACACGCCAUGGCGGAGACGUGGACGAGCCAGACAGCGAGGGUUUUAGUGUUCUUCAAAGAAUGGCCGUCAGCAGCGGGCAAACAUUUAAACAAGGACAUUCUUCUAAAUCUUUUCUGAGAAAGUCCGUAUUUCUCAAUCUUAAAUAUCAAGUCACCUUCCUCAUUCUGGAGGCGGCUGCUGCAAGAAAUGUCGACGUCGUGGAGGCCCUGCUCGACAAUUUUGAUGAUGUCAACAGAACGGAUUGUCAGGGGUUCACAGUUCUUCACAGAGUAGCCCAGUGCUGUGGUUCACAAUCAGUGGCUAUAGUUCGCCGUCUGAUUGAAAAGGGAGCCGAUGUAGACAAAAAGUGUCCAAACGGUAACACAGCCAUACAGCUGGCAGCGAAAAGCAACAACUGGCUGAUUGUCCAGCAUCUACUGAUGUACGGAGCUAGCACCCACAAUCUUGACGAAGAAGGUAUGUCAGUUUUACACAGACUGAUAUGCCAGACGUGCUUACGUUGUCAGAAAUGCCGCAGAGGUCUUGCUAAAUUGAGAUUCUUCUUGCUGGGUGCGAUAUUAGACAACGGUGCCUGGACUGGUCAGAAAGACUGCAGUAAUAACAGCCCAUUACAUCUUGCUAUCAAGUAUGAACACUGGGACAUCGCGAUAGAACUGAUGUCGAUAGGGGCUCGCUUGAAUGAGCUGGAUUCUGAAGGCUGCACUGUCUUGCACGUUCUUGCAAAGCGAAAUAACUCGAUUCGGGGCGAGAUGGCUUUAGAGAGAACCUGUGUAGCUUGUUGUUUAGAGAGUGAUAAAAAUAGUAAACUUUAUUUUUCACUUACUAAAGAAAAUAUUAAUCAUGUAGAUAUGUGCAACAUAAUCAUAAAUCACUCAAGCAUCAUAGAUAACUCAAACAUCAUAGAUAGCAUAGAUCAUCAUGGAAAUACAGCAUUGAUUUUGUCGGCAAAGUACAAUAACUUUGACAUUACAGAGAAACUGUUGACGAAAGGAGCAAAACCUGGCAUAGUAAAUUGUAAUGGACUGUCUACUCUCCAUACUCUUGCUAUGGCUGAACAUUCCCCAUGUGGUGGCGUGCAAAAUAAAAUAGUAAAACAAUUGACUUCCUGUCCUGUUGACGCCAAAACACGUGACCCAGAGGGCAACACGCCGAUACAAGUGGCUGCGAAGCACGGGAACAUGGACAUGGUGGAGCAGCUCUUGGAGUUUCACGACAACGUCAACGAGACUGACAGCGAGGGCUUCACCUUGUUGUCGAGAGUCGCUCAGACCUCGUCCCCCAGAUGUGAGGACAUCGCCAGGCAGCUGGUGAGGAAAGGUGCUGACGUCAACAGGACGUGUCCAGACGGCAAGUCACCUCUACUACUGUCUGUGAUAUCCAGUAACUGGCCAGUAACACUACAACUGUGGGAUUCAACGUCUAAAAAUAAUAUGGAUAUUGCACUGCAAGAGCAAUACAUGAUUCUGCAUCGCCUCAUUGAAGAAGUAAAUGUGGGAACGUGGACUUUCACAAAUUUGACUCUGAAAGCAAUAAAGUCGAGUCUAGACAUCCUAAUGCACAGAUCACCAGAUGGUGCAAGAGCUUUUCAGCUUGCAAUCAUUAAAAAAAAGUGGAACCUUGCUGCGCGGAUUCUUGAGCGUAGUGAAUAUCGUGGUGAUAUAGAAUCUCUCACAGGGAGCUCUGUAUUCCACGUUUUAGCAGAAAUUGCAUCCCACAUGAGUGACCCAAACCUAAUGCUCAGUCUGAUGCCUGAUAAGAAUGUGAUCAUAAACUUGCGGGAUAAUAAUGGGAACACACCUUUACAUUUACUAGCUGAUAACGACAGCUGGAGCUUUAUCAAACCCUUUGUUGAACACGGAGCAGAUGUGAACAUGCCUGAUCGCGAGGGGUGUACUGUACUUCAUAAACUAGCCAUGAACAGGAGAAAUCUCUUACACAUUUUAAUCGCAUUAGUGGAAUGUGGUGCAGAUAUAAACAAGUCAGGACCAGGAGACAAGACGGCCGUGAUGCUUGCACAGGAGAAAGGCAACUGGCCUCACGACAACUCAUGUCACAACAGGAUGGACAACUCCUCACAGAACCCAAAGGGCGUUUAUCAGGACAGCUCCAUGCUCACAGAAGGCACGGUGCUGCUCAAGUCAGCUGCUGAAGCUGGCAACUGGAAUCUGGUCAAAGAUGUCAUUAUUAACGGUGAUGUCACUGGCACUGAGGUCAGACAGUCCUGUCUCUUACAGAAACUGUCGUCUGCUACUGGGAUUAGUCAGCAGCUUGUCAGAGAAAUACUCAACAUUUUGUUUUCAAAGCAAUCCACUGACGACACUCUGAAACACAUCGCACAAGAAGCUGUUGUUAGAGCGGCUCACUGUGACAAGUGGGAAACCCUGAUCUCUUUUCUAUCGGCAUCUGACACUUUACUUGAAGAUGAAAGCAGCCUGCAGUCGGUUAUAGAAUUAAUGGCAUCUAGCGACUCUCUGAAGGAAAGCCGUUACCUGCAAAUAGAUGUUUUUGUUUGUGUUUGGAGACAUACAAAGCAGAAGAUUCUGGACAGCACAGACAAGAGAGUACAGAACACCCUGGUGCAGCUGGCAGCGGAACUCAACAUGUGGUCACGUGUCUGUGAACUUCUCGUCGCCAAGCCGGACCUGAACCUUCUUGACAGUGAUGGUCUGUCAGUCUUACACAGACUCGUCAUGUGUCCUGACAGCAGGUUCGACUCUCUUCUGCCAGUUCUUCUGGAAAACGGUGCCGACGCCAGCUUUAAGAAUUCGGAGGGAGACACAGCACUGCACCUGGCUGCUCAUUACCAGAAAAUUGUAAAAAUAGGGAAGUCGUUACAAUUAAGGGAAUACAAUGUCGGAGAUCAGUGUACGGAUUCUCAGUCGAAAAUUAUGGUAGAAUAUCAUUUCAAAUGUUGUGAAUCGAAAAAACAAGCAUUGGUGAAACUUGUGGAAUCGUGUCCAGACCUUAACAAUCUUGAUAGUCUGGGGAACACGGCCGUGAUUUUGGCUGCGAAGAACGAAAACUGGGAGUUUCUGGAACUGUUGAUGGAACAUGGCGCCAGCACAGACCUCGUCAAUGAUAACUUGCAAUCCGUUCUGCAUGUACUUGCUCUCACUGGCGGCCAGGUGGAUCCUCUACUGGUUAAGAAGGUUGUGGAGCAGUGUCAGUGUCAGGUUGAUGACACAGACUGCAGCGGAAGUUCACCUCUUCACCUGGCUGCAUAUUCUCAGAACUGGACUGUAUUCAAAGUGCUGCUCGACUUCGGAGCAGACCCUGGGAGGCGAGAUGGAUCAGGAUACACGGUCUUGCACACAUUGGCUGGCACUGGGAAGGACCAGGUGCAACACGUCACUUCCUUAUUUACCUUUCUGACUCAGCAAGGUGUUGAUCUAAACAUUCCAUGUCCAGCAGGUAACACCGUCUUGCACAUGGCUGCAAUACAAAAGAACUGGACAUUAGUCAAACAUCUAAUACAUUUAGGUGUCGACGUACAGCACUGCAAUACACAAGGCUUCAGCAUUAUGCAUCUUCUUGCCUUUUCUAAUCUUCAUUCAGAGGAUGAUGAGUCGCGUGAUAGUGAUCUUGAUACGUUUGUAUCUCUUCUUGUUCUCUUCCUCCACAAAAGAGCAGAUACAACGUUCUCUACAGGCGACACGAUUUUAAAGGUAGCAGCCAGGCAUGAAAACUGGGCAGUGGUCAACUACUUGAUACAGCAAGGAGCCGACAUCAAGGAGUUAGAAGAUGAGUGUAUUAGUGUCAUUGAGAGACUCAUUCAAUCUCCAGCAGAGACACAGAGUAUAUUGAAUAUUUUUAGUCUUCUAAUGACACACGUGGCAAGAAAUACGCGGUUUUCAUGUGGAGACUCAAUACUGCAACUGUCCGCAAAGCACGAGAAAUGGAGCUUCGUUGAUUACAUCCUGACACGCCAUGGCGGAGACGUGGACGAGCCAGACAGCGAGGGUUUUAGUGUUCUUCACAGAAUGGCCGUCAGCAGAGGGCAAACAUUCAACAAGGACAUUCUUCUAAAGUCAAAUCUUUUCUGAGAAAGUCCGUAUUUCUCAAUCU